GAGAGCAAAGGUUGGCGUCUCCGCGCUCGGACCUUCGCCGGAGGAGCCGCGGCAUCAUGACGGUGGGAGCCCGGCUCCGAAGCAAGGCGGCCAGCGGCCUCCCGCGCCGCGGGCCCCGAGGGCGCGGGCGGACGGCGCGGGACCAGGAGGCGGAGGCCAUCCUGGAGCAGCUGGAGUGCGGGGACGAGGCGGCGGGGGCGGCGGAGAGCGGGCUGCGCCCCGGGCCGCGGAGCGCGCGGAGGGUGCACCUCGCCGCCCUGCCCGAGCGCUACGAGCCGCUGGAGGAGCCGGCCGCGGGCGAGAAGCCCAAGAGGAGGUACCGGCAGAAGCUGAAGAAGUACGGCAAGAACGUCGGGAAGGUCAUCACCAAAGGAUGCCGCUACGUGGUUAUCGGCCUGCAGGGAUUCGCUGCGGCCUAUGCCGCGCCAUUUGGAGUCGCUACCAGCGUGGUUUCCUUUGUGCGCUAAUGAUCGGGAGCUGCUUGGGCAGGCACUACGGAAUGAACGGAGCCUCUGCCCUGGAAACAAUGUGGACCCAGGAGCAUUUCAGACUUGAACUCACAGCACCCUUAGAAGAGAAAAAAUGUCUGUCUUUGUAGAAUGGGAUGAGGAUUAUGAAUGAGUCAUCCCUACCUAUCUGUUGACCUCUCAGACACAUGUGGACCCAUUGGUCAGUCCCUGCAGAGAAUGCCUUGGAGGUCAGGUUUGGGAUUUGAGUUGGUCUGCUAAAGCCUGAGCCUUUGGGUGCAGGUGGCUGGUGUUGGAUGGAAGAAAACACUUGCCAGAUUUGAGCGGUAUGGGCGGGAAGCAGAGUGGUGAAUUUGAGGGGGAGGGAAGGAUGUUGACCUCAGAUGAUCUGCUGUAUUCUCCUGGAAAGGUCAUGGGUCUCUGUUCUGAGGGCAGCUCAGGAGCUAUUUCCCCACUUGUGCUCCCCUGUCUUAUUCCUCUGCCACUCUGUCACCAGGAGUUUAAUUAUAGGCUUAAGAAGAAGGAAGAGAGACAGACCUCUUUGAAGGCUAUGAUGCUUUGAAAACCGUGUUGACGUGUUCAUGACUGUGUUAAGUAGAUAAAAGCUCGUCAUUUCUCCCCAUCUUUGCAGGGCUGUGCAGCUGACGAGGAGGGAGGAGGAGGGCCAAGUUCAGAUGCAGGCUGGGUAGCUGGGACAGAUUGGCUGAGGGACUGCCCCCAGGGGCUGUGGUGCCGGGUUUGGCCCAGAGUCCCCUGCAAGUGUCAGCUGGCUUCAGCCGGGACUCCUGGCAGCAUCUGUCCACUGCCAACAGCUGCUCAACUCCCCUUCUGCACCAGGAGCUGAGAGAGAUAGGGAGGGAGGGAGAUGCAACAUCUGGGAAUGAAAGUAUGUAUGGGUUUAGAGAAGGAACCAGUAAGUAGGAGACGAGUGUGAGGAAGUGGAAACAGGACAGGACAUGUGGAGAGAGAAGUGGCAGUACAGGACGCAGGUCUGGAGCGUCACUGUUGAGGACCUUCAGGGGGCUCGGCCUGUGCAUCUAGGUAGGGUCAGGGGAGCCUAGGUGGCCAGAAGGGACAUGGCUGGUGCUUCAAAGCCCGAGCUCUGUGCUCACGGGGCAGCCUUGAGCAUCCCUUUCUCAUCUGUGCUGCCCACUUUGACCUCAUUUCACCUGAAUUCAAAGGUUAGCAUGGUGGGGGUCCCAGGCCUGGUACCCUCCAGGGAUGACCCGUGGACUGCCACUGGAGGCAGGACAGGGAGAUGAAAGAAAGAACAGUUUCUCCACACCAUGCUCCUCUGAAGGGCACUGCUCUGACUUUAUUUCCAGGAUAUCCAGAAGUCCAAAGUGAUGGAUGCUGACCAGUGUUCAGGGUCAGUGGCAGCACCUACCUGUUACCGCAGGAGGUUUCCCAGGGCGUGCGGGGGAGGCCCCGAUACUCCUGCUUCUUGCAUCAAGCCCACCUGUAAUAGAAGGCGUUGGGAGGUGGAGAAGGUAGCGAGACUGACACAUGGACAGAAAAAGGACUGGGUGAAGGAGAAGGUGGUAUUAAUAGCUGUGGAGCUAGACUUAGCUUCAGUUUUUGAAGCUUCAACUUCAUGUUGAAGAGAAGCUAGGACCCAAUUCUUGCGUCAUUAAUACUUGUGAGGAAAAGAGAAAGCGAGUGAUCUCCUUUUAGCACAGUGAUGAAAGCUGAUAGUGGCCCAUGCUCACACAUGUGGGGUAGUUAUAGCCUGAAAAGGAGAGAUGUAAAUGGCAGAAACCAACACAGUUAGAGGGAAAGAUAGUCAGCACCUGUGGGGGCUGCUGGUCCCAGGAGAUGAAGACAGCAGGCUUGGGGGACACCCUCCCUGUGAGUCUGCAGAUUCCUGGUGGAGAAUGGACGGGAGGCCCAGGAAGGGACCAGAGCUGCUAAGGUCUGUUCCUUGCCAGGGAGUCUGUCCAAAAAAAUAGCUUCCUCACUCCACCCUACCCCACAUUGGAAAAACUAUAAGGUCAAGCACAUUUGGCCUUGAAAUCUUUAAAGUCUGGUUAAGAAUUAACUCAGGAAUGUUGAAAGUCAAAUCUUUGCAGGGAUUGUCCUGGAGUCAGGUUCAUGGGUACAGAAGAUGAACUUCAACCUGUCUCUGGACCUGAGCCAUCCUUUCUCCUGUGAGACGCCUGUGUUUUUCUCUUACUCUGUUCUUUGAGCUUAGAACUUGGGUCCUGUUGCUGUUUACCUUUUUAGCUUUUCUUUCUGUUUAAUUUUUUAAAAUUGUUUAUUUCAUUGCCCCGCCCGCUGAGAAUUGAGUUAUAGAGCUUUCCCAUUACAUACUUGGCUGAGAGGCUUCUUUUGUAUCCUUUUUUUUGUCCUAUUGUGUAAAUAAAAGCCCCAUUUAUUUAA